UGUAACAGACUGGACACUGAACAGUGACUGGCAAAGAGUAGGUUUUCAAUGAAUAUCUCUAGUGGAAUGAGUACCUGACCGAAUACGAAAAAGGAGCUAAGCCGUUGAAUGAAUCUAACAUCAGUAUUAAAGAGAAACCCUCAAACAUUUGGAGAGAAUUGGAGCAAAUAGAAAACAGUUGAGAACAUGAAUUCACUGUCAGCUUUGAACACUGGAGGGGAUUGCAUCUGUUUUCAGCAAACAUGAAGUCAGACCUCUGGUAUUUCCUUCUCUUCUGCUUUCAAGUUGAAGCCAUAACAGGAGAAAUCAAUGAUUCUACCAAGUCUGAGAUGUUUACAUUUCACGAUGGAGGUGUACAAAUUUUAUGCAAAUUCAAUGCGAUUGUCUCGCAAUAUAAAAUGGAGUUGCUGAAAGGGACAGAAGUACUCUGUGAUCUCACUACGACAAAGGAAAAUGGAAACACAGUGUCCAAGAAUCCGAAAUUCUGUCAAUCUCAGUCAUCCAGUGAUGGUGUCUCCUUUUUUCUGUAUAACUUGGACAGUUCUCAUGCCAGCUACUAUGCCUGCCAACUGUCAAUUUUUGAUCCUCCUCCUUUUCAGAGAAAAAAUAUUAGCAGAGAAUAUUUGAAUGUUUAUGAAUCACAGACUUGCUGCCAACUGAAGUUCUGGUUACCCAUAGGAUGUGCAGCUUUUGUUGUAGUCUAUAUUUUUGGAUGCAUAUUUCUUUGUUGGCUUACAAAAAAGAAAUAUCGAUCCAGUGUGCAUGACCCUAACAGUGAAUACAUGUUCAUGGCAGCAGUGAACACAGCCAAAAAACCUGGACUCACAGGUGUGACUCAUAAUUUGGAACUCUGUGGCACCCAGGCAUGAACUACAUUGGCCAGUUCCCUCCCACCUGAAGUACAAGAUUCCCACGUAUCCCGGACCACAGAGUCAGACUUGAUUUGAGUACAUAUAUCUUCUGUUGGUGUUUUGUUCAAUCUGGACCAGCGACUAUAUCAGUCAAAAGGGAUUUUAGCAGGCUGCUUCGGUACUGUUGGGUUAUCAAAACAUCUUCUUGCAACUAGUUAUAGAAAGCCCAGCUUGUGUCUGUUUACCAAAUAGAACUCACUGGGAUGGAAUUCCUAUCUUCACAUCUGCUUCUAGAAAUGCACCAGACAGUAAAACAAACACAUCUACAGAUAUUUUUUAAGAGAUGCCAAGAGUCCUGAAUCUGCAAGGCAAAUGGGUAGCCAAGGGUCAGUAUCUGUCUGCAUUUCACUAACAGACUACCUCUUCUUCCCGUAGAAUGACCAUUCCUUUUUAUUCAGAUACUGGAGGGAGAUAUUUCAAAGUAGUAGCUAUUUUAUUUGUGAGGCGUCGACGAAAAACGGUGUUAUUGUAGUAUAUUAGUACACGGUACUCUUUUUAAACUGCUGAGCCCCAGUCUCCCACUCCAAGAGUUUAGAUGCCUUCAUCUGCCUUCAAUUUUCCUUUUUAAAAUAAUCCUACAUGAUUACUUGACAGACAUUCUGAGUAGGGAGCUAGGUCUACAUUUUCCCCCUCUACUUCUCAACAAAACACAAAUACUAUAUAUUUAGUUGCAGCCUAAUGAAUAUCAUUUGCCUAUAUUCUCCCUAUAAGAAUAUUUUUGCUCCAGAAAGACAUCUUAUUUUCCCAAAUUCAUUAAACUGAUUUAUUUUGUUGACUUGUUUCUACCACAUUAGUGGUAGAAAACAUUGCCCAGAAUCAGGAGUGACUUUAUUUUAUGAUUCUGUUUUUUACCAUUAUCUAUGUUUUCAUGGUGCUAUUAAUAACAAGCCAGGCUGUUCCUGGAGAUCAUAUUAAACUUGCAAACAAAAAAACCCCAAACCAUCUUUCACUGUCAAGCAUUGUCUUGGAGGUAGAGCCAAUGAUCCAUUCAGCAGAAAGCUGUAGUUCCGGGAGGUCACUUCUAAACUAUAGCCACGCUGACCUCUGGGCUUGACAGGUUGAAAUGGCCCCAUCAGCCUGGAGCAGCUAUCAGAUGUGGGUGGAAUUCCAAGGUUUAAGAGGCUCCCCUGAGCCAAGGACAGCCAGCUGCUCUUGUUCCCAGAGGCUGAAGUUAUUCUGGGGACCACAGUGAGUCUGCCUGCAUUUGUACUUCCAGAGUCUGGGACAAAGCACAAAUGUGCCAAGGAACAUCAGCAUGAUUCCCUCUCCUAGAACUCAUUCAGCCUGGAAACUGGCCAUGGCCCUUCAGGAUAGUCUUUCUUUGAAUACAAUUUGCCUGGAAAGAUUCCUAAAUGUGUGUAAUAUGUGAUUAGUCUUAGCUGUAAUAUUUUCUCACUUCCCGUUUGCGUGCCCAACGCUUCUGAAGCAGCCAAUGUAUGUGCAGCAACAUUUUUAACUUUAGGUUAAAUGAGGUUAUUGAGUAGUUUUAAAAUUUGUUGGUGCCUGCUUAUAGUUUACUUUUAAAGUGAGACCAGAUAUGUCAUUAUGCAUACUUAUAUUGUUGUAAGCAUGUGUAAUGCUGGAUGUGUACAGUACAGUACUGCAUUUGUAAUUUGAAUCAAGUAUGGUGUUCUCUUUCCAGCUGACUUGGACAACCUGGUUGGCUCUGCAGAGAUGUUGCCUGAGUUGUUUGCAACUUUCUGGGCGGUGGGAGGUUGGAAUGGGGAGUAGAGCCUUCAUGUGGGGUCCACCUGGCUUGGUUGUUCAAACUGUGCUUUGAAGCAUCCUCAUCCUCAGCACUGGACAUUUCAAAGUGAAGUAUUAAAAGAUACAAUUUCUGUGAAAUAAAGACUUGUUUUAAGAGGAGCUACUCAUAAAAUAGACUUUAGCAGUAGUAGGAACCUAAGGAAUAAAUGUUUGAUAUUCAGCAACUGAAAA